UGUGCGCGUGCCCGUGACGUCAUUGCCAGAGCCUGUCAAUCGGCCGAGGGACAGACAGACGAGCUCAGGCCGGAGAAAGGGAGCGUGAACUAGCAGUACCUGGAACCGCUGGGAUUGCUCAUUUUAAACUGUAGUUUACCUGCCAAACAUACCUAGAGAGUCACCGCAAUUCCCUUUGCGUUGUACCCUGUGAAAGCGAAAGGAAUGAAGACAUAUAGGGUGAUACAAGCCCUCUGCUGCGUGCCUCCUUCAUUCCGGCUUUGCCGUGUGGUAAUCAGCUUGCUUUUACUCCUUCGGACAGCCGUCGUUGUAGCCACGGAUCUUCCUCAGUGUCAAGAGGGUGAUUAUUAUUUUGAAUAUACAGAAUGUGACAGUACUGGGUCUCGUUGGAGAGUUGCAGUUCCAAAUAGAGAAGGAUCUUGCUCAGGGCUGCCUGAUCCUGUAAGGGGCACAGAAUGCACAUUUUCAUGUGAAGCAGGUCAGUUUCUGGAAAUGUCUUCUCAGGAAUGCACAGAAUGUGCUGCUGGGACAUAUUCUUUGGGUAGUGGUGUUCGCUUUGAUGAAUGGGAUGAUCUGCCCCCUGGAUUCACUAAUGUUGCUACAUACAUGGAUAAUGGACCUGGAACUGGAGAAACUGUCAGUUGCAAUAGUUCUACAUGGGUUCCCCAGGGGAACUACUUGGAAUCCAAUAGAGAUGAUUGCACUGUUUCCUUGAUCUAUGCUGUGCAUCUUAAAAAGCAAGGUUCGGUCACUUUUGAGUAUCAAUAUGUGGACAAUAACAUCUUUUUUGAAUUUUUUAUUCAGAAUGAUCAAUGCCAGGAAAUGGACACAUCUGAUCAAAAAUUUGUGAAACUAACUGAUAAUGGUGAAUGGGGAACUCACACUGUGAAUUUGAAGUCAGGUACUAAUAUUUUGUACUGGAGGACUACUGGAAUACUGCUUGGAACGAAAAUAGUAAAGCCAGUUCUCCUUAAGAAUAUAGAAAUUCAAGGAGUUGCUUACACAUCAGAGUGCUUUCCAUGUAAACCUGGAACCUACAGUGAAAAACCUGGUUCUACAUCUUGUAAUUUGUGUCCUAUGAACACAUUUUCAGGAAAAGGUGCAAGCUCAUGUACAAAAUGUAAUGUAGCUGAUGAAUAUUCAGAGGAAGGAUCAGCUGGAUGCAAAAAAAGACCAGUAUGUUCAGUAAGCGACUAUUUUCAGAUUCACACACCUUGUGAUCAAGAAGGAAAAACUCAGAUUAUGUACAAAUGGAUAGAACCUAAAAUCUGCUUACAUGAAGCAGAAAACGCAGCAACGCUGCCUCCUUCUGGGGAGAAAUUACCCUGUCCUCCCUGUAAUCCUGGUUUCUUCAGCAAUGACACAGCAAACUGUUUUCCGUGCCCUCCUGGUACUUUUUCAAACGGAUUAACAGACUGUCAGAAAUGUCCUGCUGGAACAGAACCACUUUUGGGAUAUGAAUAUAAAUGGUGGAAUGUUUUGCCUAGAAAUAUGAAAACUUCCUGCUUCAAUGUUGCCAACUCAAAAUGUGAUGGCAUGAAUGGGUGGGAAGUAGCUGGAGAUUUUAUUCAUAGUGGAUCUGGGGGAUCAGACAAUGAUUACCUUAUCUUAAAUCUCCAUGUUCCAGGAUUUAGACCUCCUACAUCACAAACGGGGGCUACAGGGAAUGAAAUUGGAAGAGUCACAUUUGUUUUUGAAACUAUAUGUUCCACUGACUGUGAACUUUACUUUAUGAUGGAUGUAAACAGAAAGAGCACCAAUGUUGUGGAAUCUUGGGAGGGAUCUAAAGAAAAACAGUCUUAUUCUCACAUUGUGACAAAAAAUGCAUCUGUUUCUUAUACAUGGGCAUUUCAGCGAACAAAUCAGGCACAGGAUACCAGAAAAUUUGUUAACGAUCUGGCAAAAAUAUAUUCUAUCACUGUGACAAAUGCUGUGGAUGGUGUUGCUUCUUCAUGCCAUGCCUGUGCCCUGAUAUCAGAGCAGUCUGGGUCAUCAUGUGUACCUUGUCCACCAGGACAUUAUAUUGACAAAGAUAAUAAUCAAUGUAAAGAAUGUCCACCAAACACAUACUUAUCACCCCAUCAGAUUUUUGGCAAGGAAUCGUGUAUCGCUUGUGGACCUGGCAGCCGAAGCAAUAAGGAUCACUCUGCUUGCUUCAAUGACUGCACUUUCAGAUAUCAUUCUGACAAUCAUAGUUUGACUUAUGAUUUUAAUCUUCUGAGCCAAGUAGGAUCUAUAAUGAAUGGACCAAGUUUUACAUCUAGAGGAACAAAGUACUACCAUUUCUUUAACCUAAGCUUAUGUGAACCUGAGGGGAAAAGGAUGGCAAUUUGCACAGACAAUGUUACAGAUAUUUCAUCCAAGGAUUCUCAGAAUGAAGCAAAUGACUAUACAAAUUUUGUGCAAACUUUUAUUUGUCAGUCAACCAUUAUUCCAUCAGAUGGACGAGGUUUCAAGACUGCACUGUCAUCACAGUCCAUCAGUCUUGCUGAUUCCUUUAUGGGGGCAACUACUGAAAAUACUCUUAAUGACAUUACUGUAAAAUCAGAUAUCUUCCCAGAAAAUUCCAAGAAAAUCCCUGAUAUUAAUUUUUUUUAUAGAGCACCCCAGCCAACCUCUUCUUGUGAAAAUGGACGCAAUUCUGUAAUAUCACUGAGAUGCAACCCUGAGAAAACUGGGAGAGGGCAGCUUUCUGUACCAAGUUUGUGCCCAGCAGGAACCUGUGAUGGUUGCAACUUCUAUUUUUUAUGGGAAAGCGCUGAAGCCUGUCCUCUCUGUACAGAGUCAGACUACCAUGAAAUAGAAGGUGCCUGCAAAGGUGGAAUUCAGGAAACCUUAUUUGUGUGGAGUGAACCCAAGCUUUGCAAAAAUGGUGUACACCUUCCUGAUAAAAAGAGAUCCCAAUGUGAGGCUAUUGACUUCUGGUUAAAAGCUGGUGCUGGAUUGGCUGCAUUCAUGGCUGUUCUUCUAAUAUCUUUAACAUGCUAUUUCUGGAAGAAAAACAAAAAGCUUGAGUACAAAUAUUCAAGACUGGUUAUGACCUCUAAUAAAGAAUGUGAAUUACCAGCAGCAGAUAGCUGUGCCAUAAUGGAGGGUGAAGACAAUGAUGAAGAUGUAGUAUAUUCAAAUAAAUCCUCCUUGCUAGGAAAACUAAAAUCUAUUGCAACAAAAGGAAAUGGAGACAUUUUUGAAUCUGUUCAACUGAAGUCAUCCAGAGCCCACAAUAUAUGAAAAAUAGAAGAUGUUUUACAUGUAUCAUAUACUAAUUCUAAAAGGAAAACCUGUGCAAAACCACCUUGUGCCCCAUCCUGGGUGAUGUGGAAGUCAGCAAUGCAGUUACAAAAGAUUACAAACAAUUGGUUGCCUUAUUACCGGGAAUUCAUUCCUUGCCAAAGGGAUUUUUGGAAAUGUAAUUGCCAGGCUGGUGAUAAGUUCAACUCAGGAAGAGACCUAGAACUUGAAUUUGCCAGAGAAAGGAACAUUUUAAUAUAUUUUACAUUUUGGUUCUUGAACAAUUUUGAACAUUGAUUUCAGCGUUUCUAUACAUGCAAGUUUUGAAAAGAAUGAGGGGUAUAUAAAGAUUAAACUACCAGUUAUGAGUGGAAAGGGAAGAUCCAAUUUUAGCAUUGGCUGUUUGUGAUGCUCAUGUUAAAAUGAUAGAAAGGUAUUGGAAUAAAUGGAAAUUUAUUUACAGUUGACAUAUUUCAUAAUACAUUAACUCCAUAAACUAAAAUGGGUGACAUGAAUUAUUAUCAUUUUGAUUGGAAAUCAACGUACAGAAAAAGAUUAUUUUUCAUUUUAAAUCAGUAACCUGUAAAAUAAGAAUCCUAUAACCUAAGAAAGUUUAUUUAUAUUUGUUGUUUGUCUAUUUUGCUUAACCUUGGGGUAAAUCGUAUCUUUUUCUUUAAAAUCAUUAGUGAAACAUACAUUUCCAGAAAGGGUGUCUGUGUGUGUAUAUAUAUAUAUAUAUAUAUAUAUAUAUAUAUAUAUAUAUAUAUAUAUAUAUAUAUAUAUAUAUCCUUCUUAAAGCAGCUUGGAAUUUUAGGACUUUGCUUUGUCUUGUACAAAUCAGAAUAUUUAGUCUUUUUGGCAAACUGUACUAAAUACGGUCACAUUUAUAUAAUUUUUCUGAAUAGUCCUGGGAAUACAGCAAUGUGUUUCCUUACAAAUGUAUACUAUCUUUUGGAUUUUCAUUUGAAUACAUUCAAAAAGUAAAAGUCAAUUUAUUUAUAGAUGAUAUAAUUUUAAUAAGGUUUGUUAAAGACCUUAAUAUUUAAAAAUAAAAAGAAAUGUUUGUUUUUCAAAAAAACAAAAAAAAAAAACUUAAGUGCCCACACCAAAGUGCAUAGACCUCUGAAAGGAAAUAGCAACACAUCAACGAAGAUUUGAUUAUGUAAUCAUUAUUCAAGGAACAUAAUACUGCUAUGCAAAAUAAAUUCAAGAAUAUGAAAUAGGUGCCAUGUACUUGGUAAGAUACACAAAGCAAAAGCUUGCCAGUUUGCCAAUGUAUGGAAGUGUGUUUCAUAAGAAUGGGCCAUGCAUUAAAAGGAGAAUUGGAAAGUAGAAUAUCCUGGCCAUUUUUUAAUAAGAACACGAUCUGGUACAAUGCAUAAGCUUGAAAAAAGUGCAUCCCAACUUAAAACUGAUGUACCUGAAGAACUCAAAGUUGAUUAUUGCUGACAGUACUUCUUUAAAUUAUUUCUUGCACUUUGUUUCAAUAUAUAGAUAUUGGCCAAAAUGAAAAGAAACAUCAAUGUUUAUAUGCUGCAGUGUAUCAGAGUAUAUAUUAUUCCAUUUUUCUUGAUUUUAUUCCAAUUUUCAGAAGUGUAUGUUUAAAAUUAUUUUUGAUUAAUGCUUUUACUUGUCUGUAUUGCAUAAUAUUUUUACUUUGUAAACUGUGUUGUGUGCUUUAUUGGAAAACCUUUUGUUACAUUCAGCAUAUUCCCUUCUUUGAAAAAGAUGGUAAGCAUAAAAGGCAAAUUACCUCUCAUUCAGAAACAUAUAAUAUGUAUAUUUUUUAUUAUUUUUAAGUGUAUUUUUUGUACAAGUUGUUAAAUAAUUUGUUUUAAGUGUUUAUACAUCAAUAAAUUGUGUUUUUAUUUGUAUAAAAUAGUUGGUAAAUUGUUAAGAUAAGUCUCCCACCCAUUUUUCUGGAGAAUUGAUUUAUGUAAAUAAAGUUUAUUGGUCAUCA